GUUCCAUUUGCCAGAUCGAUCGAUUCACUCUAUCGAGGUAUACAACAGCACAGCACAGCACGAUCGCGCAAGUGGUGGUGAGGUAGAUAGAGGCCAUCCUGACGAAUGUAUGGGAGAGAGAGAGACACAUAUGUGUCAGUAAUUCCGAUCUUCCAUACUCGGCACCAAUCCAUCCAUCCAUCCGACAUAUGCAGUCCGUCCAUCUGCAGUCGUCCCUGCUCGAGCCCAGCCCGUGUGUGCGUCUUGUGGCCCUGCCCCUCACCCAGUGAACUGAAGGGAAGGACCCACAGGACACACACACUUCAGGCUCAAGCCAGGAAGCGACAGAGAUGUCCAUCCAUCCUUCCGCGAUGCAUGGCCAUGGCAUCCACGGAUAGUCGACACGCUCAUCUAGCUAGGUCCAAACUCAGGAUGGAUGUGUGUGUGUGUCCAUGCAGUCAGUCAGGACAGAAAGAAGGAAGCCUCACGAGUGAGUGAGUGGAGGCCGUCAGCUGCACUUGUCUGUCUACCCCCCCCCCCACACACACACAGUCACACACACAGCCGGCCCCCUGCGAUCGAAAAUGGUAGGUAAGGACACACACCUGAACCAGGCCCAGGCAAGACACACACACACACCCGCACACAGUGGUCCACAUCCGUUAGUCUGUCUGUCUGUCUGUCACUGUGCCACCGCCCACCUGCAGCUGUGGUGGGCUACGCUAUGCGCCAAUUGGGUAUGCUAGUCGGUCCUGCAGUUGCCCUGUGCGGCGGUGCCGUCCUCGGACGCCUGCACCUGGCUGCGGAUCUUGCGCAGCCGAUCUAACACCUUCCCAAACGCAAAACUACCCUGAUUUACACACACAACACACGACACACAAUGCUUGUUGUGUGUUUGUCUGUGCGUGUGGUGUGUGUGGUGUGUGCCGACCGCGUUGCUCCAGAAAGGGUCUUGGUACUUGCGGCCGUCCUUGUGUUUGUUCUCGUUGCACACGCCCUCGUAAAAGGCAAACUGCUCCACGAAGCUCUCCUUGACAAUGCCCCGCAGGUCGUCCGGCAGCCGCCCGCUGCCCGACGCGUAUCGCCUGCUCAUGUCGAGCAGCUUCCUGGCGUACUCACCCUCCUUGUCGCUCGCGGAUGCCGACGUGCUGCUCGUCGACGGCAUGGACGCCGGAGGAGCGGGCUGCGGCUGGCUGCUGGGGUGGGAUGCCUGGGCGGCACUCGAUGACCUGGCAGGCUGGUCGGGAGGGGGCGAGGUCUUGCCUUCGUCGGCGAGGAUGGACUCGACCACCGAACACACGGCCUCGCGGAGGGUCUCGUAGCGGAGCACAUCGUUGUAGGCCGCAGCCUGGGGGACAGACACGGGCACACAGACACACACACACAGAGAGAGAGGGAGGGCAGUUGGUGUGUCUGUGCAGGAAAGGUGCACGCCAGAAGCUGACCACUGUGGGGAUAUUGUGUUCAAAGUUUGCCUGUGUUGUGUGUGGAAGGACACCGGAUGGGCGUGUGUGUGGAGGACGGCAGGUGGAACCGAGCUCCUUCCCAUGUCGGUCCACCUAGGGGCGCUCUAAGUAGAACACUUAUGGUCUCCUUCCAAAGCGCAAUCGCAUCUUCAUCAAUGUCAAAGAAACGCUUUGCUUUGGUUUUGAGCAGCGUCGCCUGGUCGCUGAGAAUGGGCAGCAUCUUCCUGAAGACAGGCAGACACAAACAGAGAGAGAUCUCAGCUGGGGAGCCUUCUGGCUGCUUCUCGCUUCGUGUGAGGACUUCUGUGUGUGCGCCUCUCUGCGCCGUUGAAGGGUUUGCAAACCCUACACCCCAAACCCUAAUACUUUCGCUUUGGAGGCUUUUCCCCAUUGCAG